GGCUGUUACAUUAUCCGUGUUCGGACGAUUAUUUUUAUUUUGUUUGGAGUCGCGGAGUUGGUAUUGAAACUUUUUAAUUUCAGGUGUAAAUAAGAGUUAGUAGAAAAGACAUAGAUUUGUAAAAUAAACUGUGUUGACAAACUGUGAACAGUGCGUGAGUGACGCUGAGGAUUUAUGGUGAUAUUAUAAACACUAGUGACAUUGUGCAUGAACUGCGCUGUUUAGUCGACUACAAUACAUUUGGAUGUCUUAAAUUAAGAUGCACUGCUAUUGGCUGAUCUUGAAGACUGAUUAAAAUAUUUAUUAAGCCAAUUAGGAAAUGAUUGCUCCAUGAAGUUACUCCCCAGGACGGACUCGUUUCAGGUUGUGAUCCUCGAAAGAGUCCAAAUACUGCAAUGACUACUGCGAUGGCUGCUCACCAGGAAUCUAUCCACGAGAGACUUCAGCCUGCGCCCGAGGAACCGCUGUACCUGCACCAUGAAGCGUCGUCAUGGCCGGAGUCAUCAGAGCACCAGGAGGAGCACAGCACCGACAUGUCGCCAUACUACAACAUGCCAAAAAGAAACAAGAGAAAAAAUUUCAAGCCCAGAUGUGCUCCUAACGCUACCGCCUUCUCAGAUGACUCAAACGGAGUAAACUGUGAUGACACGGGCAGUCCUAUCAAUGGAAACGAUAGAACUACACCCGAAAACGUUGAUGAAAACGAUAAGGAUGACGGAAACUAUGCUAAAAUUGGUGUCAAAAACUUCAGUCUCUUAAAAAGCGGCGCAGUGGACCUAAGCAGAAGACUAAGCACUGACUCCAAUGAAAACAUAGACUCAAAUUACCAAAAUAGGUUACCGGAGGAUAAGAAAGUAGACUCGUUUCAACAUUCGUACAUACAUAGUUUACAAAUUAAUCAGGGCGCCGAGAGAAAUCGGACCGUCCUAAACUUUAGUAAUUUACAAAAUAAGACGUUUUGUGCCAAAAAUCCUUUUGCUAUAUCACAACUAAUAAAGACUAAUUCGCCUCCGAGAAGAAGGGACUCGGAUUCUGAUGAGGAUAAAGGUCAGGAUAUAAAUGCAAAUGAGAGAUUAGAGGAGAACCAGGAACAGAUGGAGACGACUGAGACGCAGCAGAACGGUGACGCAUCAAAUGCAAAUAGAAUAUUGAGAGAUUAUGCCAUGAACACCAUGAAGGAGUUGCUUGGAAUUUACGGAUUGUCUUCUAAUGAAGUCGCUGAUGCUAUCAGUGGACAGAUCAGAGCUUUAGAAGCUCUUCAAGGUAAACCGUUUACACAGCUGCCUUUAGGAUUGAAAAGACGGCAUGAUUCUGGUAUGGAGGAUGGAACUGAUAGGAGUAUGCGGAGAUCAUCAUCGGCUACUGAAGAUGAGGGAUCUACUAAUAUAACACCACCGAAAACCCCUGAUAAUGACAUGGACGCUCAGAGACAAAGAGCAUUACAGAUACUAAACCAACAGUCAAUGAGGCUGUUCAACAGAUCUCAAGGUCAAGAAGAAGAUGGGAGCGGUUCUGAUGAUGGAGACCAGACUCUCGACCUCAGCGUAUCAAGAGAUACUGAUGGACAGGAACAAUCGGCGACCUCGAGCGCCGCCAACAGUGUUUCGGAGUUUGAGCAACAAAACCUUCUGAUGAGGAAAAAUUUGGAGGAUCUAGCCAAUUUACAAAUGCAGGGUUUCUUUCAAAAGCAAUCGACUUUGGAUGCUGACGACUCUCAAGAGAGGAAGCUGCAGGCGAGCGGUCUGCUCUCAGCGUUGAAUCACUUGGAUCAGGCACGGAAGAACUCUUUGCAAACUACGGUCGACUACUCCAGAUAUGUUAAAAGGUACAGCUCGACUCUGGAAUGCGGUUCCUCAUACUGCAAGGACCUGGGCUACCGGGAGCAUUUCCACUGCAUGGACUGCACAGCCAGAGUCUUCUGCAAGAAAGAAGAGAUGAUCAGACACUUCAAGUGGCACAAGAAACGUGAUGAGUCCUUAGCCCAUGGCUUCAUGAGGUACUCUCCCCUGGAUGACUGCUCUGAAAGAUUCACUGACUGCCCUCACAACCGCAGCCAAACACACUACCACUGUAUUCAGGAUGGCUGUGAUAAGGUGUACAUAUCAACUUCAGAUGUGCAAAUGCACGCCAAUUACCAUAGGAAGGACUCUGCGAUCCUGCAGGAAGGUUUCCAAAGGUUCAGGGCCACUGAGAGCUGUGCUGCUCCUCAUUGUAUCUUCGCUGGUCAGAGGACCACCCACUUCCAUUGCAGAAGACCUGGAUGCACUUAUACUUUUAAGAACAAGGCUGAUAUGGAAAAACACAAAACCUACCACAUAAAAGAUGAGGCUUUAUCCAAGGAUGGUUUCAAGAAGUAUAUGAAGAAUGAAGCGUGUCCCUACCGGGACUGUCGGUUCAGCAAGACUUGCAACCACAUCCACUGCAUCAGACCGCAUUGCAACUACGUGUUGCACUCCAGCAGCCAGAUCUUCACUCAUAAGAGGAAGCAUGAGAGGAAAGAACAGGAAAUGAGCUUCGGGCUUCCAACAUCCGUGAUUCAGAAUGCUCUGAUGCAGCAAGGGGCGGAUCUAAGCAUGUACUCUCCCGGCGGGAAUCUCCACGUGGAUGACGAUAUGUCCAAUCCAAUGAUGGAUUCUGACUACCCGCAUCCAUUUAAUCCAGCGUUAGUUGAGGAAGUGACAAGGAAGUAUAUAGAAACCUUCAAUGGCGGUAAAGAAGCUGAAGAUAAAUGCAACAAAUGCAGUGCUUUUAACAAGCAUUACCACUGCUUGGCUGAUGGCUGCAAGAUGGCUCAUAGCUGUCACACAACCAUGGUAAAGCAUGUUAUGGAACAUGAGCAACAGAACCAAGUGACUGAAGCCUACUUCGUAACGUACACCCGUCACAACCCCUGCAGCAACUCAGCGUGCCAGCAUAUCAGAGACAUCACCCAUUACCACUGCACCUGGGAGAACUGUGGAGCAGUCAUCCUCUCAUCCGAAGACCAACCAUUCAGACGUCUUGAACAUCACCGCCAGCACGCAAUUCUGAGUCCUAUGUCUCCGAACUUAGCGUCGAGAUUCGCUCCGAACUUUACGCCGCAAUUGUCAGCUCAGUUGCAUCCGAAUAUGGCAGCGCAACUCGGUCAAGUACCAAGUUUGCCAAACCUUCCGCCAAACUUGGCUCAGCUGGCUCAAAUGGCACCAAGCUUGUCUUCACAAUUGACGCCAAACUUACAAGCUCAAUUAAACUUGGGACCAAGUCCUGGAGUUGUACCACAACAGGUUAAUCCUUCAAGCUCAUUGGAUGAGAUGUUUAGCAGAAAGCGAGGAAGACCGCCAAAGAACAGAGUUGUAGAAGUAUGGACUGAUAAUAUCACUCCUCAAGCCAUAUUUACGUCGUUUAAGUUACCGAAAAGUAACCAGUUACCACCGGUUAUACCUUCUCCGGUUAUUCCUACGAUUGAGGAAUUCCCUCGCAUCAAAUUCCAACACUUCGAAGUGUUCACCAGCCCUGAUACUUGUACAUCUUCCUACCCAAGCUGUCAGCUUCGCAUGACACGGCUGCAUCUCCACUGCUUCAACUGCAGCUUCUCUGGAGAAACCCACAUUAUUAUGGAAACCCACAUGAGAGAAGUCCAUGGAGUCAGCCCACUUCUCGAAGGCUUUGACUAUUUCGCGUCAUUCGACCAGUGUGGAGGAAAGAGUUGUUUCAAGAACCAGCUAAGGUCUCACUUCCAUUGCGCUCAGGGUAAUAACUGCCCUGCAAUUUUGACACAAUACUCAGCAUUAGCUACCCACAAGCAUGGAAGAGGAACUCCAGUUAUUAAGAGUGAGACAGAACAAGAGAAACAGUUUGAAGAAGCUAAAGAUUAUUCGUUGAAGGAAAGAGCUUCUGCUGAUAGCGUGGGUUCUAUGAAAGAACCAAAUGAAUCCUUUACUCCUGCAAACUUCUCUAUUAAGAGUGAGUUUGAAAGAGAACAGGACAGCGUGUCUGUAGUAAAAGCGACGGGAACCUUCUACCCAUCAUCUCAUCUCCGCAGCAAUACGUCAUCACCUUCACCCAGAAGCAUUUAUGAUGCCUCUCCAUCCAAGGAGAUGAAACCACGCAUGGAUUACGACCAGAAGAAGGUCUUUGAACCUCCCAAGGGCUCGGGCCCAACGAUCCCGCCUUCGUGCCAUGAUCAGACUUGUCCCCUAAACAAGAAUUCCACGGGAAUGAAUUUGCAUUAUCACUGCCCUCAUUGCAGCCAAGCUUAUGUGGACUUGAAGCUGCUUUUCAGUCACAUGGUUAAGAAGCACAGCAAUGCUAUGGAGCCUGGACCUGUCGGAUUGGCUGCUACUAAGGAGACUUUGGAAAGGGAAUAUCCUGAGAUCUCGAUAUUACCGUCAACUGCUUCAUCAUCGUCUACCAGUCAGGCACCAUCACCCAGCCAUAGUCAGCCAAGACCACCAAAUCCUGCUGAUCAGGUACAGGCAGUGCAAAGCCUUCUUCUACAGCAGUAUUUGGCAGGUGGCAGGAAAGGUAGCCUGCAGGAACAGUUGAAGAUGCAGCAGCAGUACACUGCAUCACUGGCUGGUCUACCUGGACUAGCGCAAGUUGCAUUAUUCUCACAAGGUGGAUCACCAUUCCCGCUGUACCCAACUAUGCUGUACCCUCCGGAGUUGCUGUUGGAGCAGAGUCUGCUUCAAGGUCACGGUCUACCACCAGGCCUUGACAAAGAGGCCGAAAUGAUCGCUAAGACCAGGCGGACUCAUACUACGCGUGGUCCUCACAUGCGAGUUAUGAAAGAUGAGCCCAUUCCUGAAGGAUACCUUCGCUUCAGGUUCAACGAAGACUGUGCUUAUCAGCAUUGUGGAUACAGGGAACAUCAAACUCACUUCCACUGCACGAGAAAGGAUUGUGGCUAUUCCUUCUGCGAUAAGACCAGAUUUGUUCAACACACGGCCAGACACGAAAGACUGGAUACUCUAAUGGGCGGUGACUUCCAGCAGUACCGUGCCAACGUGUACUGCAAACGACCAGAGUGCCCGCAUGCUUCGACAUUCGGUAAUUAUUCAGUUCGAACAGGACAGAACAAGGCGUCUCACUUCCACUGUCUGAAAUGUGACUUCGUCUGCACUGAUACCAACAAGGUGGUUGCUCAUCGUCGUCAGCAUCAGAAACUUGACUCCAUACAGGCGGCUGGAUUUGAAAAGUUCCCGCCAAGUAAAGGUUGUGGCUACGAGCCCCAAUGCAUCCACAGCAAGAAGCAAACCCACUACCACUGCUUACAAUGUGGCUUUGCCGUCCUCGGGCUUUCCCAGAUGACGUCACACAAGUACAAACACCAGGAAGCGAACCUUGGACCGUCCACCAGUGGCACCAACUGAACGGACCUCCAAGAAAAACACUUAAGUGACAAAAAACAUGGACUUACAAAAUGUGAAAAAGAAGUGAAAUUAUAGUGACCCUAUCCAGUCUUUUAAGACUACAUAUUUAUAAAAGUGCCUAGUAUCUUAGGAAAAUUCAAGGGUCUACCUGACAAUACACAAAUUUUGAUUAGACAAGUAGAUGUGGCGAUUUAGUGGCUGUACUAUAUUUGAUGGAGCCAUGAAGACUGCUAUACAUAAACAUUGAUGUUAUAAGAUUCCUUAUACCUACAAAAUUUAUGAAAAUUAGUAGUUUCCCUCAAACCUUGUGCCUUAGUCACAAACUGGAUGGUAACCUAGUGGCAAAUAUUUUUGUGCCAAAACCGAAUUAGUUUAAAACUAUUGUUGAAUUUAUUGGAACGAUUUAUGGAUUGUGAAGGCGUAUGUUUAGACUAUUUUCCUAAAAAUGUAUGAACAAAAAAUUGUGAAUAACCCUUAGGUGCAGCUGCAUGCAUGUUUGUCUUGUUUCAGCAACAAUUUUUUGACAAAGCAACUGUAAUCUGUCAAAUUUUAUAAUCACUGGAGUAUCCACAGUUAAGGUUCUAAAGAUUGUUGCUAAAACACAAACAGAUUUAUAUUUAAAAGUGUGUAUUUCCUAAAUCCUGACCAAUUUAGUUGUUAGUUUAUAUAAAAUAUUUAUAUUUAUUACUUCCCCAUGAAAAAGACAUUUUUACGAAUAGUAUUAUUAAAUGUAGAACUUCGUGAAAUUAUUAAAAAAAAAUUAAGGCAGAUAAAAUUGGGUUAAGAACACCACUUUGUGCCUGGAGGGUAAAAGUCAUGACAAUAUCAUAUUUUGAGAUAAUAUCUGAUAGAAAAAAUACUCACUUUUUUCAUAAAUAUAUGUAUCAACUCAUGCAAUGGCCAAAACAACACCUCACUAUCAGAAAUUAUCACAAAAAAAAACUAGGUUUACAAUGAAAAAAAUAUAUUUAAUAAAAAAAAAACAUAUUUAAUAAAAAAUGGUCAAUUCUUUAACAAAAUACAACUUGUAAAUAAGAUUAGAUUAUAUAUUAAAACAUAAUGUUAAUAAAAAUGUAAUUGUUACAGAAAUAUUGGUAAAAAAAUAUAAAUGUAUGUAAAAAAAAUCAUUAGGCAUUAGUGUACAGUAAAAAAUUCAAGUGCUAAUGUUUUGUGAUUCAUGAGGUAGCCAUAAAAUGCCAUAAACUUUCAUUUAAGUAAUAAUAUUAAUUGUUAAAAAUCUUCGCUGCGAUAUUUCAAAUUUUAAACAAAAAGUGAGUGAGAAUAUUUAUGUGCGAGUGAGUGCUGAUAUUAAAAAUACAAUCUGUACUAUCAACACUCAUUCUCUUUGUUACAAAAUUUGACAUAUCGCCGCGAGAAUUUUAACACAGUUUUAUUUCAGUAUUAGAAUUAUAUAUUUUUGUCCUUCUAAAAUACACCUUUUGCAUUCCUGAUAUUUGAUUCCUGGCAUCCGUUUGAGCCAUUUAGUUUUUAGAAAAUGGUCGAUUAUCGAUCGUUUUUGUGACCAAAACUGUUUAUAAACCCUAUUCCUAGCAUGUAUCAGUAUUUGUAGUUUAAGAUCUGUUCAGUUGUUCCUAUUGUGUCAUUUUCUUUGAGCAUAACUUUAUUUUUAAUUUAUAUUCUACUUUCAUUAUCAAUCGUAAGACUAUAUCUUAGUAACUUCAUCAUCACCUGAGCAAUGCAUAAAUAUAUUGCAUUGAUAGUUUGUCUUACGAUUGUUUUAAGGAUAAAGGUAUAUUAAAAUAAACAAUUUUAAACAUUGUAAUGCAACUUGUUUGAAUGAAGAAAGGAAAUUCAAUUUCACUGUAGGUACAAUUCAUUUUCAUACUCAUCUCCAUCCAUUUUUAUUCAGAAUAGGCCGUGCCAUAAAAAUAGUCGAAUUAAGAAGUAACUUUAAAAGUUUUGGUCUAAACAUCUAUUUUCUAAGGCAGCUUAAUAAACAAACUCUUUAAAAAAUUAACUCUGAAUAAAAUUAUUUCGAAAAAUUAUUAUAUGAAUUAUAAUUUUAUUCAGAGUUUUUUUUUGUAAGAGAUAGAUUUUAAAUAUAAAUUGGCUCUACGAAUCGGCAUUAAACUCACUUAUUUUUGUUGUUUGUUAUCUAAUUUUAUUUUCUCUGUUUUUAUUUUUCACUUUCUUUAAGUUUUUUCUCUCACAACAUUUUUUAUAUAAAAAAAAAUAUAAUUUAAUCAGGUAUUUAUGUAUCUUAGACUACGUAGCUUUAAUUUUAGUAUUCGUUAAUUAAAUUAAAUGAUUUUUCCCUACGAAUACAGUAUUUUGUCUACAACUACAAGUAAUAAUGUAUGGAGUGUUUUAAAACCUUUUUUUACAAAAAAAUAUUAGUAAACAAAAUGUGUGGUACCAAAAUUUUAUGAAAAAAUUAUGAAUACACAAUUUUGUAAGUAGUGUCCGAAAAUGAUCAGUUUGUUUGAUUGGUAUGAUAUAUAGUUUAGUAUUGUUUACCUCAUGAGUUCUAGGAAUUAAACGAGAAUAUCCUUAUAAA